UUAUAUAGGCUGCAGCUGUGGCGGCGGGCUCGCGCUGCUGAGACAGGCAGAGCACAGAGGACCGGCGGCGCGCGCUCCCACUCAGCCACACACAUACACACACACACACACACACAUACACACUCACUCUCAGAGUGACACACACACACACACACUGCCCAAACAAAGAGAAGCACGCGAGGCAGCACAGCAUCCCACCCUUUCAGCCGCGAGCUCAGUUGCAGAACCGCCCCCCCCCCCCUCACAGACCGACAGAACCGGACCGGUCCGAGGCUCACAGAACCGACCAUGACAACUAACGGAGCGUCUAACGGAACCAGCGACAUGCUGCAGAUCCAGUUCGGGCUCAUCAACUGCGGGAACAAGUACCUCACGGCCGAGAUGUUCGGCUUCAAGAUCAACGCGUCCGCCACGAGCAUGAAGAAGAAGCAGAUCUGGACCCUGGAGCAGAGCGGCGACGACUCCACCGGUAACGUCUUCUGCCUCAAGUCACAUCUGGGCCGGUACAUCGCCGCCGACAAGGACGGGAACGUUACCGGAGACAGCGAGACUCCAGGCCCGGAGUGCCGGUUCAUCAUCACCGCUCACGAUGACGGCCGCUGGUCCCUGCAGUCCGAGCCGCACGGUCGUUACCUGGGCGGCACCGAGGACCGGAUCAUCUGCUUCGCCCAAACCGCGUCGGUGGCGGAGAAAUGGAGCGUGCACAUCGCCAUGCACCCUCAGGUGAACAUCUUCAGCAUGACGCGCAAGCGGUACGCGCACCUGAGCUCCAAGGUGGACGAGAUCGCCAUCGACCGGGAUGUCCCGUGGGGGGUGGACUCCAUGAUCACGCUGGUGUUCCGAGAGCAGCGGUACCACCUGCAGACCUCCGACAACCGGUUCCUGAAGAACGACGGCGCGCUGGUCGCCACCACGGACAAGAGCACGGGCUACACGCUGGAGUUCCGCUCCGGUAAGGUGGCGUUCAGAGACUGUAGCGGGAAAUACCUCGCCCCAUCCGGGCCCUCUGGCACCAUGAAGUCCGGCAAGAGCGCCCGGGUCGGGAAGGAUGAGCUGUUCGUGCUGGAGCAGAGCCACCCGCAGGUCGUGCUCACCGCUGCCAACGAGAGGAACGUCUCCACCCGGCAAGGCAUGGACCUGUCAGCCAAUCAGGACGAGGAGGGCGACCAGGAGGUCUUCCAGGUGGAGAUUUGCCGUGAGAACAGGAAGUGUGCGUUCCGAACCGCCGCUGGGAAAUACUGGACCCUGACUGCGAACGGCGGGCUGCAGUGCACCGCCUCCACCAAGUCGGCUAAUUGCUACUUUGACAUUGAAUGGCGUGGGAAGAGGCUGACUCUCCGGGCUGCUAAUGGGAAAUACGUCGCCGCCAAGAAAAAUGGCCAGCUAGCAGCCACCAUCGACUCUGCCGGUGAGUCCGAGGAGUUCAUCAUGAAGCUGAUCAACCGCCCGAUCAUCGUGCUGCGCGGCGAGCACGGCUUCAUCGGCUGCAGGAAGGUGACGGGGACGCUGGACUCCAACCGCUCCUCCUACGACUACUUCACCCUGGAGUUCAGAGACGGCGCCUACAGUCUGCAAGACUCGACGGGUAAAUACUGGAUGGUGGGAAACGAGCAGUCUGUGGUGAGCAGCAGCGACACGCCCGUCGACUUCCUCUUCGAGUUCUGCGACUACAACAAGCUGGCCAUCCGCCACGCCGCCGACAGCAAGUACCUCCGGGGCGACCACGCCGGCGUCCUGAAGGCCAACGCCGACGACCUGGAGACCGCCACACUGUGGGAGUACUGAAGGGGGAAGAAGAGCGUGGAUUGCGGUCGCAGCACCACCCGUCCAUCCAUCUACCUACCCCCGUCUCCACCUUCCCUCCCAUCCCUCAUAGUAUAUCCUGUACUUAUGACUUUACAUGUUGAUAAACUGCACAGAGAGAACAGGAAGGAUAGAAGAAGAAGGGGACGCUCCCUUUUCCUUCCCCGUUUAUCCUUUCCGUCCUCCCUCCUUUUUUCUCCCAGCUCUGCUCUGCAGCGCCGACCUUUAUCUGUUGCCAUAGUUACCGUGGGGGCUGUGCACUUUUGUUUUGUUUCCUGCUCCGAUCUGGUUUCGCUGCUCAACCCCGUCACUCAUUACUCCCUCGUCCCCUCGCCUUACGAUUGGGGAGCAGAGCAGAGCGCCACCGUUAAAGACCACCACCACCCUCAUCAUCCUCCUCAUCUUUGAGUUAACCCCCCCCUCAUCUUUUCUACUCGUCUCUAUUGUCUGUGUGAGCAGCACAUGGUGGCAGUAUUUAUGGUAUCCGACGCGGUCUGCUAAGAUCUGUUUCUACCUGAUCUAAUCCACAGGAUAACUGGAUAACAUCUACAUCAGCUGCUUUCCUGUCAGCUGUUUAACACGGGGUCUGUUUUUGUUGGGUCGUGUAGAAACAAGAUCAGACCGGGUCUAAGUAUGUUUGUUUUCCAUGAGCGGGCCUCGUCGCCUGUGUGUGUGAUGACUAUGUGGUAUAACUGGAGCGGAUAAAGAUAUCGAAAAAUAGUCUAACUGACGGGUUUUCCUCAUCUCAAAUGUAAAAAAAUAUUCAAAUGUUAAACCAGUUUCCUGUGUUGUUCUCUAGCUGUGUUUGGAGGAAGGAUGUAGGAAGUUAACACUCUCUCACCCACCUUUCCCCUCCUACGCACGUUUGAACCUAUUUGUCCCGAGAAUGUUUAAAGAUUUAAAAAAAAAAAAAAGGUUACUGCACUCACCUGUAACUGGAAGAUAAAUUUCUUUUUCUAUGUCCAAGGCACAGACAUUAUCAUGGGAAGGCGUUGUUUUUUUUUUUUUUUUUUUGAAAGCUGCUCUUUGAAUCCUCCGACCAAACUUCACACCUCAGCCUUUAUCGAGACCAAACCUUUUAAUAACUGGAUUCAAAAUCAUCUCACACACCUGUAACUGGAACCUGGUGCUACUAACUCCUAUAAAAACUCACGAAACGGUAAAAUAAGUAUUAUAAAAUCCCAUCAAACAUCUCUAGAUACUGUGCGCCCUUAACCCUUGAGAGCCUUGUCUUAUAACCGAAAUGGCUGCGAGUUACUAGCCUAAACUUUUAUUUUUAUUUCAUUUUAAUUUGUCUGACGUAUCCAGACGGCCGUUUUCAAUGAGAAAUGACCAAAUUGUGUUUUGAUUUUUGUUGGAUUUUUCUGUUCCUAACUUGUCAGUGAAGGUUUGGAAAAGUUAGUUUAAGUAAAGAAACUUUUGAAUUUGUUGUCUCUUUAACUGUUUUGCAGUCAUGUAGCACAUUACCCUUUUUCAUCCUCUACCCUUCGGCUUUAUCCAUGACAUAUUAAGCAUAAAUAGUUAUUUUACAAAGGAUCGUGUUGGCAGCGAGCCCUGUGUUUUUGGGCUCUUCCACCCGUCAUCGCAAUCAAUCACUCAGUAUAUAGAAACCAAUCAUUGAUUGUAGCCAGCUCCUCAUGGAGUCAGUUCAGUGUUUUCUCUCUGAAGUUUCGACUUUUUUUUUUUUGUGUUUGAAUGAAGGGUAAGCGAAUAAAAGGAGCGGUUAUCCUUGGAGAAACCGCGUCUCCAAGGUAACCGUGAGGCUUAGACAAACGGAUGUGGAAGGGUAAACAUGUGGUAAUGACUGUGCCUUACUCUUGAGUUUUUGGGCAGUAGGAAAAUUUAAAAUAAGAAUUAAAGUCCACAUCUUUGCUUUGUAUAACUGGAACUUCUUUUUGUAUUAUUAUUUUGUAUAAUUUUUUUGAUAUUGUGGAUUAAUCUCUCUCUUCUCUUCUCUCUCUCUCUCGUGCCAUUGGUUCACCUGAAAUCCAACGACCAAUAAAACUGGGAUUUGGAACGCUG